UAAUAAACGUAACAGUCUUAAAACCCUUCCAACUGCCUCUCUUUUUCACUCUCUUCGUGCUCUCCGCCACUCCGGUUCUUCAUCUACCUCUUCUUUAUUCUCGCUCCGAUCUCUCUCGCCCUGUCUUUUUUUUUUCUAUUCGGUUAUCGAGAAAUGGCGUCCGUUGCUGGUUCAUCGGUCUUCAUGCAGGCUCGUCCUCGUCAGGCAGCAACAAGGUUUUCCAGUCUGAAGUCUAUUUCUGUUUCUAACCUGGGAAGGAGCAGUCUCUCGUUUAGGUUACGCCCAGUGCGUGCUGGCUUGCGAAUUUCCGCUGUUGCCAAGCAGGAGACAUUGAAUAAGGUGUGUGCAAUAGUAAAGAAGCAGCUAGCACUAGCACCUGAUGCUUCAGUUACUGGUGAAACAUCGUUUGCUGACCUUGGAGCCGAUUCUCUUGACACGGUUGAGAUUGUGAUGGGGCUUGAGGAAGAAUUCGGUCUAAGCGUGGAGGAGGAGAGUGCCCAGACCAUCGCCACUGUUCAGGAUGCAGCAAAUCUCAUUCAGGAACUUCUCGAGAAAAAGGCUGCUUAAAAGAAACAAACAGUUGAGUAGAGUUAAACGAUUGUUAUGAUGUGCUGACCGGGUAAUAUAUCACUUGUUUGUUAGAUGCAGUCGGAGGGCUUCUUUGGUAAUAUGUUUUAAGUCCAUUGUUAGUUUGAUUUAAUUUGAGUUUUGGUGAACUUUGUUAGUUUGGUUUGAGCAUCGGAUAAACCCUUCCCUUUUUCAAGUUUUGCUUUUGAUAAGUUUUAACAGUUGCGAAGGUUGCAGUUUUAGCCUUCUCCUUCCCAUGGUUGGUA